AUGGAUAUGAAAUUCAUCAUUGCAAGAAAAGCUGCUCUUUCAAAUUAUAUGCUUUGCUGCAGAGGAAUCUGUUCAAGUGCUGCUCUGAUGAAAUGGAUGAGUAAGCUCUUCCACCUGUAUCUCCAAAGAAAUAAUUUGGUCUUGUCAGAAAAUUGGUUUGACUUUGAUACUUUUGCUACCAUGGAAUGUGUAGGAUGUGAGAAAUGUCGACUAUGGGGAAAGCUCCAGGUUCUUGGCCUUGAAACUGCUCUAAAGAUUCUCUUCUCAGUUGAUGGUGUAUAUCGGCAUGAUCAACAUGGGAUAAUAGUAUGGGCUAGAACUUCCUUGUCAGCCUUGGCCAGUUUCAGUUUGCGCUCCAACUUGAAUAAUGCGGGUGAUCAAAUUUGAUUGGUGGCCAUUACGAGUCAACUCGAUCUAGAUUGAAGCGAAUGAUGAAGAGAUUUUGAACUAUUCUGAUAUAUGUUUAAAUUCAUUUGGUUUUGUGUGGAACAAAGUACAACUCUUUAAAAUGUUAUUUUAAUUAGUAUGUGUAGUAAAAGAUGUUUUUUAUUGAA